AAUUAUAAAUUUCUCCUCAGUUGAGUUCGUGAUAUAACCUCGCCACGUCGAACUGUCAAAACAUACAUAACCUCGAAAUACGGCACGAAACCGAUUCAAAUCAAAGCUUUUAAAGAAAGCGAAUUAAAAAGCUACGAGAAUGUCAUCAUUGACAAAAAGUUUUUUAGUGUUUUCUGUGUUAAUAGUUGUAAUAUUUAAUAUAAAAUCAUCACAAUGCGCUUCGUUAACAUUAAAAGAACAAGAAAAGUAUAAAAGUUUAAUUGAAGGACAAGGUUUAUACACGACUGACGACGAUGUGCAUGUUUUAACGGCGAGUAAUUUUAAUGGGGAAUUAUACGGUCAGAAAAACGCGUGGUUUAUAGAAUUUUAUAACAGCUGGUGUGGGUUUUGUCAACGAUACGCCCCCUUAUGGAAAUCAUUGGGGAGUGAUACCCGAAAUUGGAAAGAUAUGGUUAAAAUCGGAGCUAUCGAUUGCUCAAACGAAGAUAAUUCCCCAAUUUGCCGUGAAUUUGAAAUAAUGAGUUUCCCAACGUUGAGGUAUUUCCACGAAGAUUACGAACAAGGAAAAUACGGCGUUGGAGUCUCAAAAGGAGAAGAUAUGGCCCAACAAAAACGCCACUUAGUUAACCAGAUCAUAACCGAUGUUUUAGAAGGUCGUGGUAAGCAAUAUCGCGGUUUAAAACCAUAUAAUCAAACUAAUUUAAACGAGUUAUACGCCGAUAUAAAAGAUAAUAACGCAAAAUAUGGCAUUUUAAUUUUUGACAAAGAUGAUUCUUUAACCGGCGCAGAAGUUGCGUUAGAUUUACAAAGCGUUAAAGAAAUAAUCGUACGUUUUACAUAUCCCAACAAUUCCGCCUUAAUAAAAUUCGCACAAAUUGAAAUAUUUCCUUCCAUGAUUGUAAUGGACUCAGAAAAGAAUACACAAAAGUUUGCAGAUGGUUUAAAAAGUCGCGAAAGCAUGAAAAUGGCAAUAAGACAAUUUAUGGAACGAAAAAUGAUUGAAAUACCUCCUGUGGAAGAAGAAGAAGAAAAGAAGAAAAGCGAGAUAUUUACCGGAAAAUGGUUAGAAUCUGAAGUUCCUGAUUCAAUCGCUUUAUUAGAAGCAUACGAAAAAAGGGCGCUUAAAGAAAAAAUAAAAAAAAUGAAAGAUGUAGUUUUUCAAAUGGAUUUAGAAACAGCGUUGAGGUGGUCGUUAAAACGCGAAGUAUCUCGCGUUAAAGUGAUAGAAAACGAAAAAAGAACUGCUUUGAUUAAUUAUUUAGAUGUUAUUAUUAAAUAUUUCCCAUUAGGGAAAAAUGCAAAACAAUUUUUAAACGAUUUAAAACAAAAAAUUGUUUCAACAACAUCAAUCGAAGGAAAAGAAAUUUCUAACAUAAUCAAAUCCGCUGAAACCGAAAUUAAUCCGUUAUUUUCGUCAUCAGAAAAUUGGUUAGGUUGCGAGGGAAGUUCCCCAGAGCAUCGGGGGUAUCCAUGCGGGUUAUGGAAAAUGUUUCAUUUCUUGACUGUAAAUGCAGCUGAAUUAUCAACUGAAAAAGAUAAACCUUUAGAAGUAUUAUUAGCGAUGGAAGGUUAUAUCAAAAACUUUUUUGGUUGCCACGAUUGCGCGCAACAUUUCCUUGAAAUGACUGUUAAAAAAAAUAUGCGUCAAGUUGAAAGUUUAGACUCGGCUAUUAUUUGGUUAUGGAUGGCUCAUAAUGAUGCUAAUAAAAGAUUAGCCGGGGAUGACACCGAAGACCCUCAAUACCCUAAAGUACAAUUUCCUUCCUCUGAGAAUUGCCCAACGUGUCGUUACACAAACGGAAGUUGGAAUUUAGUUGAAGUCUUAAAAUAUUUAAAAGUUAUGUAUGGUGGGGUUCAUGUGAGAUAUAUCGGAUCGGAUUCGAGAGUACUUCACGCGGGGUUGGAAGGAAAUUUAGAAGAAAAUUUUCACGAUAAAUCGUCGUCGAACUUGGCAGCUCUGAAAGGAUUAGAUACGAAAUCGGAAGUGAAAAUGGAUGAGUUAAAACUGUUUGAAACAUCUACCUCCUACUAUGAGAAGAGAAUGAGGGGGUUAAAAUAAAUAAAAAAAGCAGCUUAACAAAUAAUAGAAUAGGGGAUGAAGGGGUUUAGUUCUUGUUGGUUUGUUUAAUUAACGUACCU